UAUGACAGUUUGUGAGCGUAAAGUAAAUGGUGUCCAGGUGCGUCCUGUACAAAAGGAGAUUCGAGGCGAGGUCUGGUCGCGCCGCCGGAGCCGAGCAUGUCCGAUCGUUGCCGAUGAGCGUUUCUUUUUAAAGAACACAAGAAAUUCGGCCAUUUUGACGAGCGUAGGGAGUGAACAGUUGCAAAACAAUCCGUGUGUUUAGAGUGGAAAGUUCAGUGGCUGGUAUUGCGAGAGAGGAGAGAUCUGCGGGCUUUGGAGACGACGGUAUCUGUGCGUGUGUGCGUUGUCGAGUGUGUUCCCCCGAGAGCUGAAAACCUCCCCCCCUGAGGCCCCCUCGCAACCAGAAGAUACGUUCUCACCACCUGAGUGUGCCCCCCUUUUUGUGCUCCACCGUACCCCAUAUGGCGUGUUUACAUACGCUCAAACAGGAAAUCAGAACAUUGGAGCAAAUCUUCCCAAAAAACCAUGAUAGGUUUCAGAUUGUGUCCGCGAGUGUUGACGAACUGAGCUGCCGCUUCAUCGGCAAGAAUGGCAAAAAGUACGAAAUCCACGCUAACAUUACGGAAACAUACCCAUCAGUGCCACCAGUCUGGUUUGCUGAUUCUGAGGAGACCAGCAUAACAAAUGCCGUACAGAUACUUAGUAACACUGAGGGCCUGGACAAUCAUGUACUCCACCAAGUGGCAAUACUCCUUAGGGAGUUGUGUAGACUUCAUGCUGUCCCCGAACCUCCUGAUGUUGCUAAACUCACCUUUCCAAACCCUCAAAUUACCAAUAGCAGACUUAGUAGUGGGAUGGAACAGAUGGAGGAUGAAGGCUUAGAUAGCGAACAGGACGCGGAAAUGGCUGAUUCGGAUGCUGAAGCUGAUGACAGCGAUGCCGAAGAGGACCUUGGAAUGGAAAUGGACGAUGGUGGUAGGGCCAAGAACGAGGAGAUGGGCGUCGAGCAUUUGGCUACUCUGGAGAGACUCAGGCAAAAUCAGCGAAAGGACUACCUCAAGGGCUCAGUGUCGGGAUCCGUACAAGCCACAGAUCGCCUGAUGAAGGAGCUGCGCGACAUCUUCCGCUCUGAAUCUUUCAAGAGCAAGAUGUACGAGAUCGAAUUGGUCAAUGAGUCGCUUUACGAAUGGAACGUGCGUCUCAUGUCCGUCGAUCCAGAUAGUCCACUCAGCCACGAUCUGGCAUUAUUGAAAGAAAAGGAGGGAAAAGAUGCCAUCCUAUUAAAUAUGCUCUUUAAAGAUACUUAUCCGUUUGAACCGCCCUUCGUACGUGUCGUUCAUCCAAUAAUCUCAGGUGGUUACGUUUUGGUGGGUGGUGCGAUCUGCAUGGAGUUGCUGACUAAGCAGGGUUGGUCGAGUGCGUAUACAGUAGAAGCUGUGAUUAUGCAGAUCUCUGCGACUUUGGUCAAAGGCAAGGCGAGGAUACAAUUUGGAGCGCCUAAGGUAUGUUCCCAGGGACAAUACAGUCUGGCCAGGGCCCAGCAGAGCUUCAAGUCUCUAGUGCAGAUACACGAGAAGAAUGGUUGGUUUACGCCACCCAAAGAAGAUGGUUAAGACUGGUAAAUUGGUUCACCUUAAAUGUCUCCCAAUCAACCUUCCUUUAAGUAAAAACAGCAACUACAAAAAAAAAAUCUAAAAAAGUAUAUAUAUUAUAAAUAUAGUAAUGAUAACCACACACACACACAAACACACACGCGUCUGCGGAUGGGGUGGAAAUUGUUUUCGUCUACUUGUAUCUUUAAUGGAGAAAAGAAAAAGAUUUGUGGAAUUUUACAAAGAAAAAAAAAGUUGUAUCUUAGUGCCUGAACAUGUAAUAAUUCUUCAAAUCCUCGUUCGGAGGCGUUCUUACACGUCACGUUUUUUUUCGCUACGAACAACUGUAAUCGUUAUUAUUAUUAUUUUAAAUAAUAUUUUUUUCGUUUCGAAGGCGAUCGCCUAAUUUACUAUUAAUAAGAUAACAAAUUCAUUCCAUGUUACUUUUUUUUCUCUUUUCAAUUGAAAGCGGACGGUUUUUCGGUUGGGAGAAGAUGCGCUGCUUUUUUUUACGGUGACAAACUAAAACAACAAGAGGGUUGAAUAGGGCUGAUUGAUAAUGAUUUUCGGUAGAUUUGUUUGAUUAUAAUGAUGAUGUUGAAGAUGUAUAUAGGGGGUUAUAUACGACAUAUAUAAAUAUAUAUAUA